AGGUGACUAAGGGAACUUAUGAUUGAAGGAUGGGCAAUAGUGCCCCUCUUAAAACAUCACCAAAGGCCUAACUGCAGUGCCAACUCGCCUGCCAAAGCGUCGUUACUACUGGUAAAAUCUCCCAACUAUGAGGGAGGCCUAUGUCCAGCAGUGGACGAAUAAUGGCUGAGAUGAUGGUGAUACAUAAAACUCUAAAUUCACAACCCAAUACAAAAGGUACUCCUAAAACUGUUCACAAUUUACCUAAUUUAAUUUUAAAAUAGAAGAAAGCUGUAUUACACUAUAGACAUUUGUUGAUCACUAAAUAGAUCUUGUAAUACAGUUUUCUUAAUAGGCACUUACUAUUCUAUUUUUUUUAUACCACUGAGGUGGCAAACAAGCAUACGGCCCACCUGAUGGUAAGUUACCGUAGGCUAUGAACACCUGCAAUGCCAGGAGUAUUACGCGCACGUUGCACGACGUUUAGAAAUGAAUAUUUUUUAAUACUUCACUAUAAUAGUAGUGCCUAUUAAUUUAUCCAUGCGAAAGGCAAAAGAAUUAACCCAAACAGCCUGAUUUACAAUAGUCUUAAUUUCAUUAUGACUUGUAUCCAUAUUUUUAAAAUAUAAUAUGCCAGUACUUUUGUCAUUUUUAUAGAUAGACUUAGUAUAAUGUACUAUUUUUAUAGAUAGGUAAGUGACCUAGAAAGGAGAUGCUUGGUAGUACACAUUCCCUUUCUAUUCAAUUUAUCUACAUUCUUAAUUCAUGGUAGGACAAACCUUAAUCUAAGGUCAUUUUGAUCAUCAACUUGUGAAAAAUAAAGUAAAUCGAGAUAGGCGUAUUCGUAUACGUCAAAAUUUUACUUCGACCAAAAUGGUGAUAAAGCAUAUUUGUUUAUUUACCUAAAAACACAAUAAAAGAUGGAUUUACAUGUAUCUUAUAAAGCUGGCCACCAAUUCUUUAUUUGCACACAAUUUAAUCACAUAUAUGCGCCAUAAUAAGUAUAUUUUUUUUAUAAAUCAUAUAGGGUACCUAUAUCAAAUUCAAUCCUAUGUAGACACAUUAUCUAUAGUUAAUUUAAAAAUAAGUAAGUGACUUACAUAAAGUGAUUUGGUAAUGGACGGAGGAGGGCGACAAUCGCGCUUGCUAGGUCGACUGCUCGGCAAACUGCGCGGCGAACAUCGGUACUCUGCACUCGAUAAAAAUAUCUCGUUUACAUCCGCUGGAAUUAGUGAAAGCACCGGAUGUGGUAGCACAAUAAAUGUGGAUGAAAUGAUGGAAGCGGGGACUACGUGCGCGUCCAACGGACCUAUUGAAAAUGACCAAUUCACUGCUAAUAUUGAUUUAAGGUACAGCGGGCAGUAUUUAACUCCGGAGCAGUUGCCAGAGUUUUGCAAUCAGCUACAUCACCUCGUGGAGGUGAUAAGAAAUAUACAGUCUUACGCCAAGAUCACAGGCGAAUAUCCGAGCGAGUUAGAGCGUCGAUUAGAACAAGAAGCGCGGGAGGUGGCAGCGCUAGCGGCAGAAGCGCGCAACGCACGCGACGUCGUAACUAGAACGCGCACGCAACGGCGUGCAUUGCACGUGCAGAGGAAAGAGCUCACAACACAUUUGGUUGCUUUAAGGGAGACAGAGAUCCGCGAACUAGAGAACACUGUACGCAUGUCUGACCGCAAACUGUUCAAGAGCUGGGAAGCGCUCAAAGAUUCUUCUGAUCCGAUGGCGUUUGAGCCGCUGUUGGAUGAAAUCAGGAAUAAACAAGCAGCGCUAGAAUGUCUGGUAAGAUUGAUAGAGGGACGACGGUCGAGGAUCCCUCGAGUUCCACUGCGCCCUCCGCCAUUGCCACCGCCUUUACCCCAGGAGGAAAUUGAAGAAUCGUGUGCUGGACGCAAACGACAUGAAAGCAGGCGCUCCAACUGCAAGCGCAGGCGCAAGGAAGCGAGAUCGGUACCGCUGUCAAACGAACCGAGUCGACAUAGUCCUCUGCCACAGGUGACAUUGUAUAUACAGGGCUCGGAGUGCACCUCACGAUAUCGCGUUGGCAGCGCAGGUGCAGUAGCGAUCACACCACUAGAUCUGCCUUCAAGAGCCAGCGUCAGAGAUAUACUGUUCUUUACUGCACAAUAACUUUCAAAUUGAUAAGUAAACUGGUCG